AAGACUCCAAAGUGUCACACAUGAAAAUAAUGUUUGUUGGUUAAAUGUUCCAACAAACAAAGUAGGAGGGCUUGAGAAUUUGGUUUCAAGCUCAAGUGAUCCAUAUGAUGGACAUUUGGAGCUUAGAGAAGCUCCAAAAUAUCUCAUACGGAGGUACAUAAAUUUGUUGAUUUUGUCUCAACGAACGAAAGACGUAGUUUAGGAUUUGGCCCUAAACUCCAAGUGAUUCAUGUAAUGAUAUGCUUGGAGACUUGAAAUGUCCCAAAUAAUCAUGCAUGUAAGAGGUGAUUACUUGUUUAUUUUUUUGUCUCAACAAGAGAGGUGGAUGGCUUGGAAUUUGGCUCCAAGCUCCAACGAUUCAUGGUAUUAGUUUACUAUAGUCUAAGGAAAACCUAGGGGUGAAGGCUUUCGAUUUGUAUUUUUGAAAGCUUCACCAUGUGCCUAUGUUAUGUGUUGAUGCCCUUGACCCUUCAACUUACAAACUACACUAAACAUGCCUAACAAACUCCAAUAUAUGAUGAGGUGUAAUCUAUAAGCUCCUUGAAGUCAUAGAACACUCCAUCUUUGCUUUGCAAGCAUCCAUGAGUUUGGUGGACACAUUUAUGAUUUUGCAAAUUGUGGGCGUACAAGGACCAUAGCCAUUGACAUAAUGCGAGUAUUCAAAUAGUCAAUGUACUAAUGCAAGCUCAAUUUAAUAUUAAAAAAUGAAAGCAUGCAAGAAAGAAAAAAAAUUCGCUUUGCCUCCCUAAAUUUAGAGAAGUUCAACGAUGUUUCCAAUCAACCUAUUAGUUGUAGGGUUUGUAACAUGAAUCAAAAGUGCUCAUGGGAAAUCCCACAACUUCAUAAAAAAUUGAUUGAAAUACAUGCUUGAACAUCUAACAAAUUUAGAGGAGAUAGUGGAUGUCAUGGCGGUGUAAACCUAUCACAUGCAUGUGCUAAAUUUAUUGUAACAUACAAGUUUAGGGAUCUAAUAACGCGUGCCACACUUAGAGGGGAGGCUCUACACUUCAAAAAUUCAUUCGACAUCGAAUGAGCCAUUAAACCUAGGGUUUGAUUGUAGGUAAGAGCACUAGACAUAACAUGAAUGAUAUUACAUGCAUUUGAGAGGUGUUGGAUACCAAUCCAACACUCCACGCAUUAGCAUGCCUCUUUGGCUCUCACAAUAGAGCAAACAAGUGAAAAGCACUAAUUUUUCACUGUUUUGUGGAGAAGACAGCAAACAAAGGGAUUUUGGGGAUGCAAAAAUUAAGUUUUCUAAGGGCCUAAGGCUUGGGGAUGUCAACCACACAUCGAUGACUAGGGGGCCUUAGGACUUUUCCUAGCUUUUAGUGUUAUACCUCCCGAAUUGUCCUAGCGCUCCUAUGCAAGCUCCAAGUGUUGUCCAAGCUCCCUUGAAUGCUCCAAGCUGCUAUCUAAGACAUUCCCAAGGAAGAAGACUGCUGUUCGAGACUUUCAGGAUGUUGCUGCCACUGUCUGGGAUGCUCCGAAGGCUCCAAACCGCUGUUUGGAAGAUUUCGAAGCCUUCCCUUGCUGUUUGGAAGCUUCCAACAGCUCCCUUGUUGCUUCGAGGUCGCCGGAGUUGAAAGAGGAAGGGGGAAAAGCCACUAACUUCGCUGAUCUUUGAGAAAGGAAGUGAGUGGGGGUCUCAACCUAAGAAGAGAUUAGAAGCCAAGACGAAAUAGAGAGGAGGAAGAGAGGAUUGAAACAAGCUCUUAAGUUUUUCCAAGAAAGGAGAAGAAACCCUAAUAUUUUUUUAGAGACUUUUCACAAGUUAAUCAACAACCUCCUCAUGACAAAUACCUCUAAUUUAUAAGAGAGAAAGGGGACCCAAACAACCAAAUUCCACCUCCAACCGAACCAAUCAGGUAAGGGGAAGAGGAAGGCCAGCAGGCAAAACAGAACAGCACCCGAAAAAGGCAGCACAGGAACCAGGUAAGGCAGUCACGGGAAAGCUAGAAGAAACCGAAAAGACAGUACAGGGGAUCGGAACCAGCACCCAGGAAGGGGAGGAGAACCAGCCACGAGAAACAACUCCAGGAAGAUACCAAGGGGGCACAGAUAAGGGGAAGAGGCAAGUUCCAAAUCCACAUAAUGAGCUAAAAGGAAGAGUUCGAUUUUGCCUCGACGGCGUUCGAUCUAAUUGAUCGAGUGCGAUCGAGCCCAGUCUGGCUCGAAUCAACUCGAUCGGGAUCGGGUCGACAUAAAGUAAUGUCAACAAAAUGAAUAAAAAUGAACAUUAUGUCCACUGAUUUAGUACUAACCUUUUGAGCUUAACAUUAUAAUCUUGUUCAUGGAGAUGUAUUCAGACCUCGUAGUUUGUUCUUCUUUCUGCUCUUGUUGGUACUGGUUCUUAGCUGGCGCUGCUUAUUCUCCUUGUCAUUUUGCUGGCAAUAGUUAGGAUGUUGUAUGUUGGGUAUGUUAAAUGCACCUCAUUAUUCCAAAUUAUGCAUUUGAGAAGAAAGUCUUGAAAUUAGCCGAUGCAAUAUAAGAUCAUUGAUUUAGUUAUAUAUUGAUAGGAUCAACAUAGAUUAUCAUCUUUCUUAUCAUUUAUAAAUAGUGCAUAAAUUUUUCCAUAUAUGGGUUUGUUUGCUCAAAUAUUUUACCAUUUUAAAGAGUCGGUUAAAAGCCAGUUUAAUGCUUUGCACGGCUCAUGUUACUGCAUUUGAUUGUACUCUCAUUAUUCAAAUAUCUGAAUUUAUAUCCUAUUGAUAUGUUGUAAUAUAUUGACUUGUAUAUUUCGUUAAUGAAUUUAAUGAUGAGCUUAAGGAGUAAUCUAAGAGGCCUAUCUUUAUGGCUUUUACAACUUUGUAUUCUCUCAUGAUAUUCUUUGGAGUCUAACAGUUUUAAACGACCACAGGCGGGGAGCUAUUCACACAACUUUUUAUCUUGUGCUAUGCUUUCACCUCAUUCAUUUCGGGCUACGUUAGUGGUGGUCUUUAUUCCAGGAAUGGUGGUUUACUAUGUCUACGGAUUCAUGUUACUUGUUUUCCUGAUUCUGCUUAUCGUUACACUCUGCGUUACCAUUGUCGGCACAUAUUUCCUUCUAAAUGCCGAGAACUACCAUUGGCAAUGGACAUCAUUCUUCUCUGCUGCUUCUACUGCUGCAUAUGUCUAUCUUUACUCCAUUUACUACUACUCUGUGAAGACCAAGAUGACGGGUUUCUUCCAGACCAGCUUCUACUUUGGCUACACCCUCAUGUUUUGCCUGGGCAUUGGAAUUCUGUGUGGUGGGCUCAUCUUUGUUCUUGAGAAGAAUUUAUAGAAACAUCAAAUGCGACUAGCUUUAGAUGAAGUUGGGCAUUGCCAUGGCUUUUAUUUCCUGUGGAGCAAAAGAUGAAGAUGCAUUGCUCUCUAAAGUUCAAUUUUUGGAGAUCACUUCCCCUUCAUUACCACCGUUUUUCAUUUACUUGAGGACUGAGAUCUCGUAUUAGGUGACUUUUUGAAUUUUUAGCUAAUAUUUGUUGUAAUCUAUUCCUUUUUUAACAAUUUAGAAGAGUUGUUGCGGUUAUUAUUAAUAACACAGACUAACCUGUCUGUUUUGAUGUAAUCUGUGGACUCAAAGAUGAUUUUCUCUCUUCAAAUUGGUAAACGUGUACUAAGUGCCGCAAGUUAUUAUAGUUUAUUAUUAGAUACAUUUUAAAAGAAA